AUGUCCAACGAAAAGGAUCAAUCUAACCUCGGUGCUGCUCCGCCGCAGCCACCCACUUCUUCAGCUGGUGGAAUCAACAACGCCUCUGGACAGCAGCAGCAGCUACCACCACCGCCGCCGUACAGUCAAUUUCCAAUGCAGCAACAGCAACAGUUUCCCAAUUUCUACGGUUCAGUUCCGAUGCAGCAGCAGCAGCAGCAGCAAUACCCGGGAGGUCCACUUUACCCGCAGAUUCCACCGCCAUACGGUGAUCCAUCAAAGGAGCAGCUGCAAGCGAAUCCGCCCCCGCCGCCAAUGAAUCCAAAUCAGCCACCGCCCCCGUAUCAGUUUUCACAGCAGCAGCAGCAUCUGCAGUACAUGCCAAUGUUUCCCGGCCAGCAAGUGUACGCCUACCCGGGCGGGUACAAUCCCUACCAGCCCUACCAGUACCAGAUGAUGGUGCAGCAGCUGCCGCCAAACAUGGCCGUCGUAAUGCCCGACGGAUUUGAUGCAUCGGCUCGCUUCGACGGCGUUGCCCGGGCCUCCGUUCCACCACCACCACCGGGCGUAGCACCAAACAUGGCCCAGAUGGCGAUGCUCUCCGGCCAGGGCAACCAGGUGAUUAUCGGCCAGAAGAAGGCCAAGUUCUGGUAA